AUGGACAACUCUGGAGAAGCAACAGACCAGCCUCACGCUUUUCAAGUAGAAAGCGAGGACCCGGUUUCUUCUAACCUCACUCAACUCACCGACGACAUCACCAACCAACUUGCCCGAGCAUUUCACAUCACUGACCAUCACGAUGACCCGCUUUUCUUGCCAGCUUUGUUUACAAAUCCUAUGAAUACGACGACAACAGAGCAGCAUAUAAGAGAAGAACCAGAUGGAAUGUCCCUAGACUCCUCUCCCCAGAUUCUGCACUCGGUGUCUGGAACUGGCACACUUCUCAACGCACAACAAUCCCCUUUAACCACUGCUGAUUCUCACGAAGUGGUACAUACAACUGCAGCAGCUCGCAGCCUCGCCGGCAUUCUGAAGAAGAACAAAGGCGGGAAGACAGGAAAGAAAGUCAAGUUCGCAGCCCCGCCAGGGAAGGUAGUAAAGUGCUACAAAUCUUCUCAGGCAAUGGCUUCCUGGCUCCGUCCACUUCAGUCCAUCCUCCAGAUCGUCUCGUCCAAGGACAGACAGACUGCCAAGCGAGAUAAGAAGAAAGUUAUUGUUGUCAUGCCAAAACAUCAGCUUUCGGAUGGGGGAAAUGACAAGGAUAAGGACAAGGAUGAAGAAGGAGCGGGCACGGACUAUCACGAUAGCUUUCCAGUUGUGGGCGCGAGCUCGAUCGACGACCUGGUUGAAUAUAUUCGCCAGGCCACCGCUUGUCCUAAGCAAACGCGCAACCUCAAGGAUUAUUGGAAACACCAGAGAGGUGGUGACGUUAGGACUUGGGGGUAUAGAAACCCAUGGUGCACAAAAUGCUACGGGGAAUGCCCCAUCUGCGGUACCGCCUGUUGCGUAUACGAGGAACUGAAACGUGAAGUCUCAGACGAGGCAUCAGAUCCUCUUGUGUCACGAGACCGGAGACGGAUAAUGGACCUAAUGGAGUCGGUGGGAGCCUACAUCAAAGACGCGAGCACGUUCUCCUUGUGUUCAACGCCAGGUUGCGGAAAGCAUGUCUGCCCAUCCUGUUGCGGAAUAUGCCCGGACAAGCGUUGCCGAGAUGUACAGUGCAAGCGAUGCUGCUUAGGAGUGCAAGGCAGAUCCCUGGGCCGUAUGCGACUGGCACUAGUAGUCAGCGGUGCGCCACGUUAUGAAGCACGACAAUAUCAUGACGAAGUUACGAUAAUUAUGCCGAUGACAUUCGUUGUUAAGCGAUCCCAGAGACAUUUCCGGAUUCAUUGGCCAUUGAAGGGUGGUAUGGAGGAGUCUUCGGUAGAAGAUGGCAGUUUCGAUGGUAUUAGGUCAUUAUCCGUAUGGAUAGUGAGCGAGCAUUGA